GUUUAUGAACGGUUUGUUGUUGAACGCAGCUUCUUUAAUUUCUGUCAAACCGUCAAACAAGCAAAAAGAAUAUGUCGGUAAGAGUUGUUUACCGCCAGGACAGCAGCGAACCGCUGUCACAUAAUGUUUGUUUAUUCUCGUACGGUAACGUUACCCUCUGUUUGUUCGGUGGAGUUUUACAGGUUUAGUAUACACUGAUAACGUUGCUUAAAAAUACCGUAUUGUUCUUGAACGCAGCCCAGGUUCGUCUGCUCGUCAGCUCGCCGGACGGCGCAUGCGCACAUUGUUCAUUUCCUGACAGUUGACACAACACAACCAAAACCUUAACUGUGCUCGUGUGUUUUCUGAACCGUUCAGUGUUUCAUCGGACUUUCUGUAUCUGUGUUCACCUGUGGCUCGCUCCCGGGUCUCCUCGUGCCCCUCCAUGCGCGCUCCCGUGUGCGUGACGCUGUUUGUGUGGCUGCUGAGCGAUGUGACGGCGCGUCAGUUCACUGAGGAGGAGAUGGCUGCUGUCAGACAGCGCAUCAAAUCUAUGUUCUACCAUGCCUACAACAGUUACCUUGACAACGCAUUCCCCUACGAUGAGCUCCGCCCACUCACCUGUGACGGACAGGACACCUGGGGCAGUUUCUCGCUCACUCUGAUUGACGCUCUCGACACUCUGCUGGUUUUGGGAAAUCAUACAGAGUUUCAGCGCGUGGCGUCGCUCCUCCAGGACACAGUGGACUUUGACAUCGACGUCAACGCCUCGGUGUUUGAAACCAACAUCAGAGUGGUGGGUGGUCUGCUGUCAGCUCACCUGUUGGCUGGUAGAGCAGGGAUGGAGCUGGAGCCUGGUUGGCCCUGUUCAGGGCCGCUGCUGAGGAUGGCUGAGGACGCUGCCAGGAAACUGCUGCCUGCAUUCCAGACUCCCACCGGCAUGCCGUACGGUACUGUGAACCUGCUGAACGGCGUCAGUCCCACCGAAACACCCGUCACGUGCACCGCUGGCGUGGGAACCUUCAUCCUGGAGUUUGCCACGCUGAGUAGACUAACAGGAGACGCAACGUUUGAGAACGUAGCUCGCCAGGCCCUGAGAGCCCUGUGGAAGACCAGAUCUGACAUCGGACUGGUGGGUAACCACAUUGACAUCUUGUCUAAGAAGUGGGUGGCUCAGGACGCUGGCAUCGGAGCUGGGGUCGACUCCUACUUUGAGUAUCUGGUGAAAGGAGCCAUCAUGCUGCAGGACGAGGAGCUGCUCAACAUGUUCCGUGAGUACGAUCGAGCCAUUCAGAACUACACCCGAUUCGACGACUGGUACCUGUGGGUCCAGAUGCAUAAAGGAACCGUCUCCAUGCCUGUUUUCCAGUCUCUGGAGGCGUUCUGGCCCGGCCUGCAGUCUCUCCUGGGGAACCUGGACAGCGCAGUGAGAACUUUCCAGAACUAUUACUCAGUGUGGAGACAGUUUGGAGGUCUGCCGGAGUUUUACAGCAUCCCUCAGGGUUACACUGUGGACAAGAGAGAGGGAUACCCACUGAGACCAGAGUUGAUAGAGAGCGCCAUGUACCUGUUCAGGGCGACAGGUGACCACACCUACCUCCAGCUGGGCCUCGACGCUCUGGAGUCCAUAGAGAAGAUCACCAAGACGCCCUGCGGAUACGCCAGCGUUAAAGACCUGCGAGAUCACCAGCUGGACAACAGGAUGGAGUCUUUCUUUCUGGCUGAAACCAUCAAGUACCUCUACCUGCUCUUUGACCCCACCCACUUCCUGCACGGCGGUGGGGCGGAGGGGGAUGGGUCCUGGGAGGAAGGAGGCGAGGGGGGGCAGUGUGUUUUAGGGGCGGGGGGGUUCAUCUUCAACACGGAGGCUCACCCUCUCGACCCCGCGGCACUCUACUGCUGCAGCCGCCAUGCCCAGGACCGCCAGGAGCUCCGGGACAUCCUGCUCAGCCUAUCACAGCCCACGGAGAAGUCCAGCAGCCAAUCAAAGCCGCCUGACAAACAGACAGAAGGCCCUCCCCUCAGCCAAUCAGACAGCAUCGCUCUAAAACCAGGUGAGAAGAGGACGCCCCCCCUGCUGUCCUGCCCCGUCCAGCCGUUCAGCGCCCGACUCUCCAUCCUGGGACAAGUUUUCACUGACAACACCUGACGCCCGCCCGAGUCACAUGACCUGUAAUACUUGAUGACAUCAUUCAGUCACUGAAACUUUUUGUUGUCAUUUAGAAAACAUGUUUUUACAACACAGAACGCCCAGAACACACAGCCUGAGUGAGCAGCCUGCGUGCGUGGUGGAACCUAGUAUUUAUUUUUUUUUCUGCCACCGCGUGGCGUGGCGUGGCGUGGCGUGGCGUGGCGUGGCAGCUGCUGCAGCAAAUCUAGAGAAUAAGAGUCUUGCCUAUUUUCCCAUGUGAUGCAAACAGCUUCAGCAAAAAUAGACGGUGAAAAGAUCUUUUGAUGAUCAUAUUGACAUUAUACCACCUCAUUACAGUUUCAGUAUUUAUAUCUGUCACAGACAAAAACAUAAAUACUUCUUUUAACUCAACACUUCCAGUCUCCAUUUCAAAAUAAAAGACUGCGUUUCUAUGACAGAAUCCCUUCAUUCCUUGACACAAGGCUUUUUUGUGAAAUAUUUGCAGGACCGCGUUGUUGACAAUAGUUUGGCUGCACGGCUCUAUGGCUGACUGAAG